GUAAUAGAAUUUUUAGAAAUGAGUGAUAGAAGAAGGGAGUAUGAGCAGUGGGUGAGGGAAUGUGAAGAGGAAAUUGAGAAGAAGGUGUAUGGGAAUGUGUAUAGGUACUCUUUUAAGGGAAAAAGCAGGAGGAUUACUAAGGAUCAGUUGAUACUUUGUGAAGGGCUGAAGAAAGAAACAAAAUAUUUUAUGAAAAAGAUGAAACUAAUUAGAAGAAAGAUGUCUGGGAGUGUUAUAUGUAUGAGCAGAAGUAAUAAAGAAAGUUUUAGGAGGUUUAUUAAAAGGCCUUUAGCUAAAGAACUAUCCUCUCUGAACUUAAAAUUUGAUGCUGGUAAGGUUGAAGAGUACUCUAUUUGUCAUCAGAAUGUGGUAAGGAUGAUUCCAAAAGUAAUUCAUUCUCUCACUCUUGUAAAUUGUAAAAUAUUUCCAAAUCAAUUAAGGAAGAUACUUCAAGCUGGGAGACAUAUAAAGGAUAUCAGAUUUACAAUGUGUAAUAUUAUUUUUGGAAAAAUAAAGCUCACCAAAUCUCUUCAUUACUCAAUAAAAUCAAUUGGUUUCAACUUGGAACAGUUUGGCCAAUACCAAUUUGAAGAAGAUAUUUUAAAUGAUAUCAAACAUUUUAUGAAAGCAGCUUCUCUUACUGAUCUCAAAUCAUCACUGAAAGAGGUGAAAACCAAUAUAUUCAAAAUAAAUGAAGGCAUUUCAGAGUAUGCCAAGAGCCUUGACUUCAAAAACAUAAAAAUCUCAACAGAUAUUUCCCAUCUAUCUGAAUAUCGUCUAAUUCAACUCUAAAACCAUCUCCUAACCCCAUUUCUACACUUUCCCCUUCAAUUUUCACCAAUCCAGAGUCUUGGGUGCUAAAAAUCUCCAUAACCUCCAACCCACCAAUUCCAUUCCUAACCUUCCAACCCACCAACCCUCUCCCACUCACUCUCUUCCCCACUCACUAAAUUCACCCCAGUAUAAACUUCCUUUCUUCAGGUUUUCCACUCAAAUUUUUAAUUUCUUC